AUUCUUAGAAGCCUUCAGAUUUUGGAUUACUUAUCUUUUAUGCUGAAAGUUAGCGGUUUAAUCGGAUUUGCUUUUGCUGUUCCUCAAAUUUAUUCUUAUCAUUUGGAAUUCAUUUUUGCACCUAUUUGUCAUUUUUAUGGUAUGUUUUUUCUAAUAUUAGCCUUAUUAAAUUAUGCCUAUAAAAUCUUUUUCUUUUAUUACUUAUUAAAUCGAAAUUUCAGGUUAUUGUGCCAUCCAUUAGCAUCAUCAGGUGAAUGUGAACCACUUAAACCGGAAAAUUUCCAAAAGGGUGGAAAAUUUGAAUUCUGUCGAUAA